AUGUCAGCCAUAAUUGAAGCAGAGCUUCCCCAGAGCAUGGCCUCUCUCACACUUGUCGACGCGCCGAAUUCCACUAUCAGGACUGCUGACAGUUGCGAUCUCGACAGAAAGAAAUUAAUCGCUUCAGAGGAUUCAACCACAAAGACAAAAAUACACCUAUCUGAGAUCCAGCUAGACUGUCGGGUAUUGGUGAUUUCUAAACUCCAGCACUUCUGCAGAUUUUUUGAUAUAUAUGCGGAUGACAACGACGAGAAUGCCGGACAAGCACGAACCUCCUACAUCGAUCGACUAAACCUCAAGGUACUUCAACCACGCAAUUUCCACGGAUCUCUCGAGCGACUCAGUAGCCAAUCGAAUGGCCAUACAUUCGCUUUAGACUUAUGUAAUCGCGAUGGCACACUACAAAGCAGACACAUGAUGCAUCCGUGGGGCAAAGAAAUCAACCAUGGCGCAAUACUAAUACUGUCUCUCUUUAUCGUCGAAGAGGGCUAUCGCAGACAGGGCAUUGCUCAGACGCUACUUCAAGCCCAGAUUGCUAAGGCGGAAAAGCAGAAGAGGGGUCUCCGGUUUAUGUUUGUCAAGCCAGGUGUUGUUCCGGACGAUGUAGAGAGACAACUUUAUGGUAGAACGUCAUUGGAAGAGUCUAGAAUCGUCAAGAGGAGAGCUUAUGCCAAUGCGGUCCGAUUUUAUAGAACCUUUGGGUUUCGCAGGGUGGGCCUGACAAAUUGGUUUUGUUUUGCCAUGGAUCCUGAGCAUCCUUCUCACAACGUCGCACUCGACGAUGAUCCUGACCCGGUGCCUAAUACAAAGAAGGAAAUACACGAGCUGGAGCGAUUGAUGAAUAUGCAUUAG